CCCGCCCCCUGGCGACGCGGGGCGUCCCUAACGACCGGCGCCGGCCGCGCGGGGGGCCUGCAGGGAAGCGAGCACCCGGGCACCGAGAGUGGGUGAGGUUCCCAUGGGCAUCGAGGGCCUGCCGGUCUGAGAGCCUCCCCGUCACAAGGCCAUCACCAAGGGGCCACCUGCGCCCACGCUGCCAAUGCAGAGCAUGCAGGCAACUGUAGCCACACCGACCUCGUCGGCCCUCAGCCGGUUCUCCGCCUCCACCCAGGACAAGUCCUCCACUGCAGGUCAGACCUCCAGCACAGGCCCACAGCCCUCAAGGCCCUCCAUCAUCCCACCCCGUAGCAAGUCCAAGGGCUGGAGUACUGGGGCCAGUGGAGGUCGCAUGCGCAGGAUCAUCGCUGAGGAUCCUGAGUGGUCGCUGGCCAUCGUGCCCCUCCUCACAGAGCUCUGCAUUCAGCACAUUGUCAAGAACUUCCAGAACAACCCUAUCCUGAAGCAGCUGCUUCCGGAGCACAAGCAGAAGGUCCUGGACCACUUGUCACCCGACCUGCCGCUGGCUGUGACCGCCAACCUGAUCGACGACGAGAGCUACUGGCGCCGCUGCUGCACGCAGCGCUGGCCCGUGUGCCACGUGGCCAAGCACGGCGGCAGCUGGAAGCGCAUGUUCUUCGAGCGGCACCUGGAGAACCUGCUAAAGCACUUCAUCCCCAGCACCACGGACCCCGCGCUGAUCCUCGACCUGCUGCCGCUCUGCAGGAACUAUGUGCGCAGGCUCCGUGUGGAUCAGUUCCUUCCGCCCAUGAAGCUCCCGCCCCGACCCCGGAGCGGGGAACUGUCCGACUCCGGCAGCGAGGCAGAGGUGGAGGAGCCCGCCACUGACCACUACCAACUGGAAGACCUGGUGGCCGGCCUGAGCCACCUGGAGGAGCUGGACCUGGUGUACGGGGUCAAGGACUGCGGCAUGAACUUCGAGUGGAACCUCUUCCUCUUCACCUAUCGCGACUGCCACUCCCUGGCGGCCACCAUCAAGGCAUGCCACACCCUCAAGAUCUUCAGGCUGACCCGGAGCAAGGUGGAUGACGACAAGGCACGCAUCCUCAUUCGCAGCCUCCUGGAUCACCCAGCCCUCGAGGAGCUGGACCUGUCCCACAACCUCGUUGGGGACCGGGGUGCGCGUGCCGCGGCCAAGCUGCUGAGCCACAGCCGUUUGCGAGUGCUCAACCUGGCCAACAACCAGGUGCGCGCGCUUGGUGCCCAGUCGCUGGCUCACGCCCUAGCACACAACACCAACCUCAUUUCCCUCAACCUGCGCCUCAACUGCAUUGAAGAUGAGGGCGGCCAGGCGCUCGCGCACGCCUUGCAGACCAACAGGUGCCUCACAACACUGCACCUCGGUGGCAAUGAACUGUCUGAGCCCACCGCCACCCUCCUCUCCCAGGUGCUCGCCGUCAACACCACGCUCACCAGCAUCAACCUGUCCUGCAACCACAUUGGGCUGGAUGGCGGGAAGCAGCUCCUGGAAGGCAUGUCAGACAACAGGACCCUCCUGGAGUUUGACUUGCGCCUGUCAGAUGUUGCCCAGGAGAGCGAGUACCUCAUUGGCCAGGCUCUCUGUGCCAACCGGGAAGCAGCCCACCAGCGGGUCCCGAAUCCCAGCUGCUUCAUGUCACCAAUCACGGCCAAGGGCCCUGAGAACCCUGCAGGAUAAGAUGGGGGACAGGGCUGGGGCAGUGGCUGGAGCUGGGUCACUGCCCCAGUCCCAUCCUUCAUUUCAUGCCUCUGCCGUGCCUGCUGUAGAGUGCCACGCUGGUCUAGAGGGAGGAGAAAGGGGGAGAGCACGGAUAUCCUUCGGGUGAGUGAUCGAGGGUCAUUUGGAUAAAGAUGUGAGGAAGAGGAGGGGUCUGGGAUAGGGGGAGCGAAGGGGUAUGAAGUGGGACCCAUCCCCUAUACCCAGGGAGAGGAUAUUACCAGACGCCCUGAAAUGACCGACUUCUUCCAGGAUUAGGGAAGGCAGAGAGGACUCUGAAGGUCUGUGCCAGCCCAGCCUGUCCCAUGGAGGUCGCCCGUCUCCCCGACCCUUCUCCCGACCAUUUUCUUCUCUAUUGAACAGAUCCUUGACUUCUUGACCUUCAAACAUGUCCAAGUGUGCACGCGUACUCUCUCUCUCUCUCUCUCUCACACACACACACACACACACACACACACACAUUAUAUUGUCUCUCUCCCCUGGCCACCACAGAGCUUUGCCUGGCUCUUCCACCCUCACCCCUGCAGAUGCCACCUCCCUAUUACUCGACCUGCCAAAGUGAUCCCAUUCUACAGGCCAUGCCAUCCACUAAUACUACCCCCCCACACACACCUCGGAAGGGGGAAACAGAGGUGACAGGAGGGGCUCAGACUCCCUGCCUCCCCUGCGAGCUUCUGCUGGAGGUGCCACACUGGGGAGGGAAGUCGGUGAGUCAUCUGCAACUUUAUUAUCCACCAGUUUGAUUUGUACAAUCUUUGCGCUUGGAAAUCCACGACAGAAAGGCCACAGUGUGAUGCACCCAAUUGACAGAGACCUGUCUUCUCCCUAGCCACGCCCAGCCCACCCCGCAAGCCCUUGUCCCCGCGCACGUGUGGAGCCUUCCGGGUGCCCUCCACGAGUCUGCGACACUCCAUGGCUGCCCACAGGAGUCAUGUCGACCCACAGGGCCACCAGAGAACCUGAGAGAGUCAGGCUGAGCCCCCAUCUCCCAUCCUCCUCCCGCUGAGGGGCCCAGAGCCUCCAGCCUCGUGGUCUUUCCAAAGGGUGGGCCAUGGGCUGCAGCCACAGCCUAGGGGUGCCUGCGCGCUCCAGGGACUCCUUUCACCAAGCAGGCGCCAAGCUGAGCACCACAGGGGGCUUGGGAGUGACUGCACUUGUGUGCCUGUCUGGGCAACCUAGAGUCUGUCUGUGCCUGACGCCCUCGGACAGUUCUGGAGUGCAAACGUGUAGAUGUGAGGGUGUGUGUGAGUGUGUGUGUGUGUGUGUGUGUACAUAGCCACAGCUGCUAGCAGAGGUUCUAAUUAGAGAAACAAGAACAUUCAGUGUAAAGUUUAAUUUUAGAGAUUAAUUAAUUUUCUGGUUUUCGUUUUCCCUGGCAAUCAAUAAAGCUACCAAGAAAAUAGACCAAAGAAUUGGCUUCUCUCUAAGUCUGUGCAUGUGUGGGAGGUGAGGCUGUCUGCGUAAGAAGACCUAGGCAGAAAUGGUCAAUACAGG